CUCUUAUGGCUAUGGUGUGCUGCAGCUUGGGACUCGAGUGGAAGGCUAGACCCGGAGUUUUAAUCUCUGCCUCUACGGCCCAAGGCGCGAAAUCUUCAUCCUCCAAUAUCAAGGUGAUUGUAAGUGGUGCUUGCAAAGACAUUGGCAAGGCUGCCAUUGCAGCAAUCUCGAAAUCCCGAGGAAUGGAAGUUGCCGGAGCUAUUGACACAAUACGUGUUGGCGAAGACGUCGGUGAGGUUGCCGGAUUGGAAGCACUAGAAGUACCAGUGUCCAACAAUCUCGUCACGGUCUUGGGCUCUCUGUCUCAAUCGCGUCCAACCGGAGUAGUGGUCGACUUCUCGGAGGCAUCCGAGGUCCUCGAGAAUGUAAGACAAGCGACAGCGUUUGGGAUGAGGAGCGUGGUUGCGGUGCCAGGUGUGGAUUUGGACGUCGUCUCGCAGCUUAUCACAUUUUGCGAAAAGGCCAGCAUGGGCUGUGUCAUCGCACCAACGCUUUCGAUUGGAGCUGUUCUUCUUCAGGAAGCGGCCAUUGCUGCGUCUUUCCACUACAGUCACGUCGACAUAGUUGAGUCCCAGCAGAGCGCCAAGAACGUUUAUCCUUCUUCGGAGGCUCUCAGAGUUGCAAAGAGCAUGACCGGCAUGGGGCGCGUUUACAACGACUCCGAUUUCUCCAAAGAACAUCCGGCAAGAGGCGAGCUCGUAGACGAUGGAAUUAGGAUCCACAGUAUGGUUUCACCUGGAUUCAUUUCAAGCCUCGCCGUAAGCCUUUCAGGCCCAGGAGAGGUGUUUUCUCUGAGGCACGAUAUAACAGAUGUUAAGGCUCUCAUGCCUGGGCUCUUGGUUGCCAUUCGACGAGUUAUCAGGCUUCAGUCUCUUGUCUAUGGGCUAGAAAAAAUACUAUGACUGAAUCGAUGGGUUCCAUCAAAUCGUUCCGGCCUCCUUUUCCUUUGGUGAGAUUAUCCUAUAAUGCAUUCAAAAGCGAAGUUUUCUUGUCUUCGGGGUAGUUGUGCAAAAUGCGAACUAAAAGAAAUAGAAGCUUUAAGUGGAAA